AUGAGAGAUUAAAUAGGAGACUUUUUGUAAUUUUUAGUUCACCUCUCAUGUAUGGACAACACUUUAAUUUUAUGUGGGUCUAAUUCAUAACAUGUGAUAAUUAGGAUGAAGGUGGAGCUUAGAAAUAAAUACUUUGAAAAUUUUAAAAUUGAAAAUACUUCUUUAGUAGGAGCUAAUUUAAUUAAGUGUAAUGUUAGUGGAUCCUAAUUUAAUAAUGUUAAAUAAGUGGAAUAAAUUUGA